CCAGUGACGCUCUUCUCCCCCGAUGAUUAGGAGCCGCUCUCAGAUAAAAUGCGCGCAGUUUCCACAGCCUGUGUUAUUGUGCUUGUGUUUAUAGAGGCCUCCGGGUAGCCCUGCGCCCGUCUGUUAUGGAGCUGAACGGCUACCACUGCGCGGGAGAGGGCUGUGCGGAGGCGGAGGAUGAGGACACGGCGGGGCCGGAGCUGCUCCUCCCGGCGGGGGGCGAACCGCCAUGUAGCUCCGCUGCCGCGGGGAGCGGGGAAAAGGCUAUGGCCGACGGACCCGCCCACAGAGAGCGGAGGAUAUCUAACUCGACCCCGGCGAGACAGAGGCUCGACUCGCUGAAGAAAAGCAGGCCGCCUUUCCCGUGGUUUGGCAUGGAUAUAGGUGGCACCCUGGUGAAACUGGUCUACUUUGAGCCUAAAGAUAUCACAGCAGAAGAAGAACAAGAGGAGGUGGAGAGUCUGAAAAGCAUCCGCCAUUACCUCACCUCACACACAGCCUAUGGCAAAACAGGCAUAAGAGAUGUGCACCUGGAGCUGCCGGAUCUCAUCCUUUGGGGCCGCAAGGGUAGCCUACACUUCAUCCGCUUCCCUACUCAGGAGCUCCCAGCCUUCUUGCAGAUGGGCCGAGACAAACACUUCUCCAGCCUGCACACAACACUCUGUGCCACUGGCGGUGGGGCCUACAAGUUUGAGGCAGACUUCCGCACAAUGGCAGAUCUGCAGUUGCUGAAGCUGGACGAGUUGGACUGUCUGAUUAAGGGUGUCCUGUACAUCGAUUCAGUGGUCGCGAGGGGGCCCCCUGAGUGUUACUACUACGAGAACCCUACACACCCAGAGAACUGCCAGCAGAAAGCCUACAAUCUGGAGAAUCCUUACCCUCUUCUGCUGGUUAACAUCGGCUCAGGGGUCAGCAUUUUGGCCGUCUACUCCAAAGACAACUACAAACGUGUCACUGGAACCAGCUUGGGUGGCGGAACUUUCCUCGGUCUGUGCUGUUUGCUGACUGGCUGCUCCACUUUUGAGGAGGCGCUGGAAAUGGCCUCAAGAGGAGAAAGCACUCGUGUGGAUAAACUGGUCAGAGAUAUAUAUGGGGGCGACUAUGAGAGAUUUGGCCUGCCAGGAUGGGCCGUUGCCUCAAGUUUUGGGAAUAUGAUGUGCAAGGAGAAGAGAGAUUCUGUCUCAAAAGAGGACCUGGCGAGAGCUACACUUGUCACUAUAACAAACAACAUUGGUUCAAUCACACGCAUGUGUGCCCUUAAUGAGAACAUUGAAAGAGUUGUGUUUGUUGGGAACUUCUUGCGGGUGAACACGUUAUCCAUGAAAUUGCUGGCUUAUGCCUUGGACUACUGGAGUAAAGGACAACUUAAAGCUCUGUUCCUCCGACAUGAGGGGUAUUUUGGUGCUGUUGGAGCGCUGCUGGAGUUGUUAAAUUCAUCCUGAUCAACAGUGAUCAUUGCUUAUGCCUCAGGUCUUUGUUUCCUCACAAAAAAUUGCAAUAAUUAUGGAGGUUUACCACAGAUGCCUUCAUUGUCUUAACAUAAGGACAUGUAAUCUUUAUUAAUAAUGGAAUAGAAUAUUUUUUAUGUUUGCCAGAUAAUGGCUUUUGUUGCUUAGUGAUGCUUCAGAUUUAACUCAGGUACACAAUUUCUUUUCUAGAUGUUUUGCCUACAGCUGUUUGUUGUGAGAGGUUCUUAGCUUUAGUCAAAAAGUUUCAAUAAAUAGCCUUUACUAUGUACUAAUAUUGUCCAUCAAUACCAUCUGUCCUUCUAUUGAUUUAAUUUGGCAUUCUGCUGAAGACAACAGCCAGUUAGGCACUGUAGUUUUCAGCUAGUGGUCUGUGUGUUAGUGUUUAUACAGUUCUAAUACACUGAUCUUUUAUAUAAUCAUCCUAUUCUUAUACAUCUGCACAAAAGCACUGAACUUUUUGGGACAUUACUCAGAUUAUUAUAAAGGUUGUAAUGGACAUUGCCUGGAUUUUAUCCUGCUUUCUAGUACAAAGUGCAGGUAAUGUCCGAGUGAGCCCAUGUAUGAAUAGAGCAAAUAAUUUUUAAAAAAUUCAGGGUGUCAUGCCAUGCCUUCUGCACAUGCUACAGAAAUGCCACAUCGUUCCUAAAACACAGAAAACUUACUGUAGAAAGAACACAUCUGUCAGAAAAAAUCAAUAUAUGCUGCAUGUGUUUAAAAGGGCAGCUUUUAUAUGUGUUUUAUAUGUGAAAAAGUCUUGAAUGAGAACACUGAGACCAACUAAGGCCAGUAAAUAGUUUCAUGUGUUUAGAAUAUAUAUUUAUAUGGACCUUUUUUUCUCUCAAAGUUUACUUUAAAAUAUAAAUAAGUUUGAACUUUACAUGGUAUAUUUGUUAAAAUGUUUCAAAUAUGACUGAAUUCAGGCAGUUUAGUAUUGUAACUCAGUCUGAUACUCGUCAUUCAUGCACCUUUAUUAAUAUUAAAAAUAAUAUAGCUUAUUUUCAGUUUACAGCAAAUUAGAAUGCCUACGUUAGAUUUGUGGCUACACAAAGACUUUCUUAAAACUAUCUACAUUUUCUUUUUUGUUUGAACACUAUUGCCAUAGUCUGUUAAUGUAAGCUGAUGUGAAGUAGCUGCCCCUGGUUUCUUAGGCGGAGCCUAUUUUCAGGCUUUUCUUAUUGUCUUGGUAGCAAAACCUUUAUACACAUUAUUUGUGUGAAGCACAAGGAAGAAUCCUUUGAACUUCUGUUUGUUGAUCUGCUUAUAAUUUAAUUCACAUAACCUUUUAGCUUUAAAAAAGUGGUGAUGGUUACCUCUAGCUUUAAAAAGAACUAUUAUGGGAUUCCUGUCAGCUUUCUUAAGAGCUAUAUUUGAACUUCUAGCUUUACCUUUAAUAUGAGCUCUAGAUUAAUUCUUAACUUUUUUUUUUUCAAUCCUGCCCUUUGUCCGCUUUGUCAAUAACCAAGAUGACGGAGGGUACAGGGAUUGUGGUCCAGUCUUACCUCACAGUGCUGACCAGGAUACUGUUGUCAGUAAUUUUGUGAAAGGUUACUUUUUGUUUUAAAUGGAAAGUGCCUAUAUAUGAAAACUUAUUACAGAAUAAUUUGGGAUGAAAUGAAUGUCAGUCUAGUUGGUUGUACAGACCAGAAACCCACACUUGUACUUUUUGUUUUGUGUUCUGAAUAUUUUCUAUUGUAAUAAAACCUUUUUUCAAAUCUA